GCUCGCCGGCUCUUCCCGGAAUGGCCCCCAAGUCCAGCGACUCCGUGGAGGGGCUCCGCGCCGCCGGCAACCAGAGCUUCCGCAACGGCCAGUACUCCGAGGCCUCCACGCUCUAUGGCCGCGCGCUGCGGCUGCUGCAGGCGGCAGGCUCUCCAAACCCUGAAGAAGAAAGUGUUCUCUACUCCAACCGAGCGGCGUGUCACUUGAAGAACGGAAACUGCUCAGACUGCAUCAAAGACUGCACUUCGGCACUGGACCUGGUUCCCUUCAGCGUUAAGCCCCUGCUACGACGGGCAGCUGCCUAUGAGGCUUUGGAGAAGUACCAACAGGCCUAUGUCGACUAUAUGACUGUGCUGCAGAUCGAUAAGAGUAUGACGUCAGCCCUGGAAGGCAUCAACAGAAUGACCAGAGUCCUCAUGGACUCACUUGGGCCCAACUGGCGUCAGAAGCUGCCUCCUACCCCCUUGGUGCCUGUUUCAGCUCAGAAGAGAUGGGCUUCCAAACCUUCCGAGAACCACAAAGAGUCUGCUAAAAGCAAGCCCAAAGAAACCCCAACAGCAAAGAACAAAGUGCCUUGUGCUGGCGAUGAGGAGAGAGCCAAGCUUCUGAAGGAAGAAGGCAACGAGUAUGUAAAGAAGGGGAACCACAAGAAAGCCAUUGAGAAGUACAGUGAGAGCCUCUCGUGUAGUAACCUGGAGUCUGCCACCUAUACCAACAGAGCGCUCUGCUAUCUGACCCUGAAGCAGUACAAGGAAGCAGUGAAGGAUUGCACAGAUGCGCUGAAGCUAGACGGAAAGAACGUGAAGGCGUUUUACAGACGGGCUCAGGCUUACAAGGCACUCAAGGACUAUAAAUCCAGCCUGGCGGACAUCAGCAGCCUCCUGCAAAUUGAGCCCAAGAAUGGUCCUGCACAGAAGCUGCAGAAGGAAGUUAACCAGAGCUUAAAAUAA